CCGACUCCUUAUUAUCGUCGUUGUUGUCGCGUUUGCGUGAAUUAAUAAUUCAUUUAUAGCUAUUUAAAUUAUAGUACACAUUUGUAAGAAAAAUAAAUAGAAAAAAUGCAAAUAACUGCGAGCGGAUACAGUUGGGUUCAGACGUGUAUCGUUUCGUCUAAAAAUGUGUUGCGUGCACGCGCAAAUCUUUUGUCGUGGUGAUGCCAGAGUCAGCUAAAAAAGGCGAAUUAGUAGUAUGAUUUUGCAAGACGUUUGUGUGGAAAAACGAAAACAAAAAAUAAAAGCCAAGUCAAGGUGACAAUUAUACAAAAAGAAAAAAAUUAAUGGAUGCGCGAUCCGAUAGCAUCGACACCAUAUCAAAUUAGUGAAAUAUGCUCUCGUAUUUCGUCGGAGCGAUCAAAAAACUAUGUGAAAAUAAUUUCAAGGUUUGCAGCGAAUAGAAAGCAAAAGCCCUGGCAACUGAACCAAAAACAAAUAAAUAAACACCGCAAACAAGGCUAAGCUGAAACAAAUAUAAUAAUAAAGAGACAAACUAUAUAUAAACAUUAUAUAAAUAUACUAUUUAUUGAGCAAUUAAAGAACUGCAACGCCAACACACAACGACGAUAUGAAGUACACAACAGGAACAGACAACGCGCUGCCCUCCGGCAGCAGCAGCUCCCAAAAUGCACUUAACGAUUUGCCGCAACAGUCGCAGCAACUACAACAGGAGCAGCAGCAAGCCGCAGUAACCACAACAACAACGACAAGUGCCGUCAAUACAACGGCCGCCACAUCCACAACAACAAAACCUAAUCCCAGCAGCACUAGCAGCAGCAACAAUAGUAAUCAAAGUGAUACCAAUGGAGAGACGUCGCCACAUGCCACACAAGCUGCAGUUGCAGCUGCAGCCGCAGCGACUGCAACUGGGACAACAAAAAACGCUUUAUUUUGCGAACAGGUGACAACGGUGACGAAUCUGUUUGAGAAGUGGAACGACUGUGAACGUACCGUGGUCAUGUAUGCACUGCUCAAGCGUUUGCGCUAUCCCAGCCUCAAGUUUCUACAGUAUUCCAUCGACAACAAUCUGACACAGAAUCUGGGCACAUGCCAAACCAAUCUGAGUAGCGUUGUCAUCGACAUCAACGCCAACAAUCCCAGCUACCUACAGAACUUGUUGGCUGCCUACAAGGCGUGCACCAGCAGUGAUCAUCUGGUUGAAGCCGCAGCAGGAGCGUCCUCAUCAUCUGACAAAGAUUCAAUGCCAUGCUAUGGCAGUGAUUUUCAAAUCACCAGCAGCACAAAUCAAUGUGCUUUGGACGAGCGUAAAUUGCUUAACCGCAAAGAGGAUAUUUUGCAGGAGGUUCUUAAUAUGCUGCCAUUGUUGAAGCCGGGCAACGAAGAUGCCAAACUCAGCUAUAUGACGCUCAUCUCCUUGGCUGUGAAGGACACUGUGCAGCAGCAAGUGCCGCCAGAGAUAGUGCAACAGAUCUUUUCGUAUAUGCUCAUCCAUCCAGCGAUUAGCAGCGAAGAUCGGCGAGCGUUGAAUGUGUGGUUGCGUCAUCUCGAGGAUUACAAGCAGACGACAAACAAGCGUGGCAGCUGCAGCAGUUACUUUGGGCAACCGGAGCAGCUACAGCUGCAAUUGCAACUGGGAGUCGGAGCGGGAGCUGGCACCAUUUCGGACAGCUCUUCGUCGUCAUCGUCAUCGUUGGGCAACUUGACGCGCAGCGUUGACUGGCAGACAAUUGCACCGCCAAGCAGACACCACAAUAGUAAGCAGUUGCCACGACAACCGGGUGAAUGGCGAGGUAGCGUCAGCGGAUCCUGUGGCUCGAUCAAUCCACUCUGUGAUAAUUUAAAUGGUAUUACAUUGAACGAAUUAGCAUCUAGUCAGAAUAGCUUAGGCCUAUCCCUAGGCAGCAACUCGUCGCUGGUGAAUGGCGUUGUCGCUGGUGCCGCCGCUGGCUCCAUGCUGGGCCUCGCUGGCAGCGAUGAUCAUGACACCUCAUUCAGCAAGAAUGGCACCGAAAUUCUUGACUUUGAGCCGCUGAACAAUUGUGAUGCUGCCACCGGCGGCGAGACGAGCGGCAUUGGGAGCUGCAGCCUUAGCCAACAACAGGCUCCAUCACCACAUGCUCCUCCUGUUCACUCACAGUUGUUGCAACCGCCUCCUCCGCCGCCACCACCACAACUGCCCUAUGCGUCCAUACUGAUGGGCAAUGUGGGUGACCAAUUUGGCGACAUUAACCGUUGGAGUCUGGACAGUAAAAUCGCUGCAUUAAAGACGCGACGCUCCAACAGCUUGACCACGCAAACUAUUUCUAGCUGCUCGUCAAACUCGUCGAAUUCGUCUGUGAUUACGGUGAAUGACAAUUGCUCCAAUUCCACAGAGAAUUUGGCGCAAUUUGCCAAUAAACCGCGCAGUUUUUCGCUGUCCAUUGAGCAUCACCGCCACAAUAACAAUUGCAUGGCAAACAGCACUUCAGACACCCGGCUCGAUGAUUUCAAACCGAGCUACAUCAAGUUCCAGACGCGCAAUGUCGGAAUGUCAGGCAUUGGAUUGUGGCUCAAGUCAUUGCGUCUGCACAAAUACAUUGAACUGUUUAAGAACAUGACGUACGAGGAGAUGUUGCAGAUUACCGAAGAUUUUCUACAGAGCGUUGGAGUCACUAAGGGCGCCUCGCAUAAGCUGGCAUUGUGUAUUGAGAAGCUAAAGGAACGCGCCCAUAUUCUCAGCAAGGUGGAACAAGAGCUGCACACCGGUCAGAUGAAAAUUAGCACAGCUGUCGAAGAGCUUACCAACAUUGUGCUAACGCCUAUGAAGCCAUUGGAAACGAUAGCGGGUGAAGAGAACAUUGGAUUGCGUUUCCUCAAAGUCAUCGAUCUGGUGAGCAAUGCACUACAGCAGGAUCCCUAUUGUGCGCCCGAAGAGGAAACUCUAGGUGUGUUCAUGUGGAUUCUGGAUCGUUCUAUACACAACGAGGCAUUUGUGAAUCAUGCCAAUCAACUCAAGGAACUGAAGUUUAAGUUGUCCAAGCUGAAGAUGUCGAUGGUGCCGAAACUGCAUCACGUGAAGACUACGGGUGGCACCUCCAACAACAUGAACAAGCCCAGGUGGAAUGGCAAGAGUCGCAAGUGUGAUCCAAAAAAUGCGAGCAAUGAUCGCAUCAAUCACCGCAAGAAUUCAAACGAUAUGCUGAAUUUUUCGCUUAACUGUCUGCAGCAUCCGUUGCCGCAUCAUCAACAGCAGCAGCAGCAACAACAACAGCAGCAGCAACAACAGCAGCCACCUCAGCAACAGUUCGAUUUCAAUGGCGGCUAUCAGACUCAGCAGUACAAGAGCUCAUCGUAUCCCAGCUUCAUGAAUAAUCCGCAGCAGCAGCAACAGCCGCAAACGCUAAAGCAUCAUUCACAGCAUGCCCAGCAGAUGCAGCAAAUACUGCAACAGCAUGCGCAACACUUUCCCGCGCUGCCACAGCAGACACCGCCGCCACAUCAUCGACGCUCGUUGAACAACCUGAUCGUGGUCGCUGGUGGGCCACAGCAGCCGCAACAGCUAAUCUUCAAGCCGGGUCAAGGCGUGCUUACGAACAGCAACAAUGACAACCUGCAACAACAACAACAGCAGCGCAAGCCAAGCUUGAACGGACUCAGCUCGGGACUAAGUGCAACAGGAAUUGUGGAGCAACAGCAACCAAAGAAAACGAUGGCCGCUGUGGUUAUGGUUAGUAAUUCAGAUCAAACAGAAUCCCCGCAACAACAGCAGCAGCAGCAGCCGCCGCCUCAGAUUUUAAUUAACAGCAAUAACAAUAACAACAACAGCACUAUACUAAACAACAAUAUAAUUAAUCAACAGCAACUGCAAUUGCUGGCGGCAGCAGCGGCUGCUGCAGCAGUUGGCAAUGGCAGAAGCUGUUUGUGUCCUGGUGAUGUUGGUAAUGGCGAUGUCGUGCCCUGCACCGGUAUCUGUAGCAAUAGUCUUUGCCAGCAACCCAUUAACAACAACAAUACUAACAAUAACAACAACACUAGCCACAACAAUAACAACAACAACAAUAUGGAUCAUUGUCUGACUCAGCCGCAGCUGAUUAAUCUGAGCAUGGCCACACUUAAGGAGAGCUUCACCAUGCCACCGCAUGACUAUAAAAUGAAUGACUUCAAGAGUCUAGAGCAGCUGGAGACACUGUGUCGUCAAAUGACUGAGCAGGCAAUGAACUAAAGUUGUUGGCAGUGUUUGUUAUAUUAUUUAAAUUUUCUUAACAUAUUAGCUUUUUUCGAUGUUUUGAUUGUUAUGUGCGCGUGUGUCUCGUAUCGUCAAUGAAUUGUAUUUUGUAAUCGUUUUUAGUUAUGUAAGAAUACUGACAAAAAUGUUUGUUUAAAUGUUAAGUUUGCACACACUCUCUCUCUAAUGCGCGUGCGUGUCAGUGUAAUGUUUGUGUAAGUCCUCUAGCUCGUCUUUUGGGGGCUGCUGCAAACCCAAGUACAACGGCUGGCCGUGUACAACGGGUAAGGCCUAGUAGAUAACAAACAAAAAAGAACCCCUUCCUCCAUCCUCGACUAAGCGCAGCUCCUAUCAAGACCUAGAUGCGACGCUUUUUGCUGCCAAUGUUAUUAAUGUUUAAGUUGAGACAAUGACGAAGAAACCAAUGUCAUAAAAGUAGUUCGAUAUAGUUGAAAAUCCUGAGACAAACUGCAAGAACACAAGCAAAACUAGAACCUACAACAGAAAAACAUUACCUUUUUCUCUAUAGGAAAAUUUGGCCAAAUUUGAUCAACAUUUUACGCUAUUCUGACGCUGCCCCCGCAACACAAAAUAAUACAGACGUUGACUAGAAAAUAUAUAUGCAACAUGCAACAAGCAACACAUAUAUGUAUAUAUAGAUAUGUAUAUGUUAAUAAAUUAUAUUAUGAACUCUGCAUCGUGACCAUGAGACUGACUAAGAUUACUAUAUUCGCAACUAUAAGAACUAGAAAAGCUGGAUACAAGAGGAAAACGAAAAUUAAAAGUAAAAGUAAAGAAAUGAUUGAAGCACACACGAUUCACGACGACACACGCGAAUAAAAAAAUAAAACGUUGCUUGCUGAAAAGUCACAUAAUGAACUAUGUUUAUACACAACAUAUAUAUAUAAAUCUAUAUAUUAAUGAUAUAUACACAUAAUUUAUUUUAAAUUUAAAGGAACAUAAUUGCUGAAAAGAUAACAACAAAAUUGUAAUUUAUAAACAUCUAAAUGAAAAUGUCUUUGUGUUGAUACAAGAAAAUGCAGAAAGGGUUUAGGAGCCUCGAUGUUAAUACUAGUAAAUCAAAUAUUGUAUUUUUUGUAUAAGUUGUAAGCAGAGAUAAGCCAAAAAAAAGAAA